CGUUGCUGGGAUAUAAACCUCUGGUAGUCUGGUUCUUCAGCUCUGCAUAAUUCUCAAAGAAGCCAGCGAAAAACAGAGAAAAAAUUGAAAAUGAUGCGGACGAGGUUUCUAUGGUUCAGUCUGGGCCUUGCAUCUACAUCUGGAGCAAUUGCCCAAUUUAUUCUCAAAGAUCUCUUCGUCGAUCUCGAAUCCCUGGCUUUUCAGGUGAAGGAAAAGUUUAAUUCUUUGGAGACCCGAGUGUCCAAUCUGGAAUCCGAUAUUCCCAGAAGACCCACUUCGUCUCAGGACGGAGGAAAUCUUGGAUGAAGUCCUGACCUGUUGCGGCAUAUGCAUAUGAAUAUCUCCUAUAGCUCUCUCAUUUUCUUUUCCAGAAGAUGGGCAAUUUGAAAUAAAUAUGCAUUGUACAUGGGCUUUUGGCUCUUAACUUUUGACUGAUAUGUGAGCUUUUAAUUUGAAAGAUCACGCUAAACUUGUGGUUUUCACAUAACAUCAUUGAUUAAUAUUCCACUUCGUUACUGCAA